AUGCCCGGACUCACCAACUACCCGCCCUUCCCCGACAACGUCCCGACUCACCCGCUCCUCGUCGUUGACUACGAGCUCCUCAAGGCUGGCGACGAGGAGGAGAUCAACACGUUCUGGACGGCUGCCACCACUCUCGGCUUCUGGUACAUGAAGAACCACGGUGCUGAUGAGCUAGUCAGUGAGAUGUUCGACAUGGGCGAAGAGACGAUGGACCUCCCCUUCGAGGAGAAGAUGAAGUUCGAGCAAGGCGAUGACGGCAUGUCCUUCGGCUACAAAGCCCCAGGAGCCAACGCCACGGACGAGACCGGCGCACGCGACACCGUCGAGUUCAUCAACAUCUCCCAGGACGACGCCCUCGCCUUCCCCACGCCCGUGCACCGCACGUACCCCUCGACGGCCACCGCGCGCAUGGAGCACACGAUCCGGCCGUUCAUCCAGCACUCCGUCGCGGUGAACCGCACGCUGAUGGAGAUCCUCGGCAAGCGGCUCGGCUUCAGGGAGGGCACGCUCGCGCAGCUGCACGGGCUGGACGAGACGAGCGGGAGCGAGGCGCGGUGCAUCCGGAAUCCGCCCCGGCCGGGCGGGAUCUCGGAAGAGAAGGCGGCGCUGGGUGCGCACACCGACUUUGGCUCGAUGACAUUCCUGCACAACCGACUCGGCGGAUUGCAGGUGAUGCCCCCGGGUUCGGACAGGUGGCAGUACAUCAAGCCGAUCCCAGGACACGCCGUGUGCAAUCUCGGUGACGCGAUGUACAUCUUCAGCGGCGGCAUCCUGAAGUCGAACUUCCACCGCGUCGUACCUGCUCCAGGCGCCCAAGCGGUGCUCCCGCGCUGGUCCCUUGCGAUGUUCACGCGUCCUGGCGACUCCGUCGUCCUUCGCGCCCUCACCGAAGAGAGCUCUAUGGUUGCGGACGCGGUUGCGAGUGCCCCUGAAAGGAGCAUCUUCGGCAGUGACCAGACAUCGAAGGAGUGGUUUGCGCGGCGGAUUAAGUACCAGCGCACAAAGAACCAGAAGGGUCCCCAGACUUGGCGGCAGAGCCGUGGUACGGAGCACCGUCCUGAUGCCGCUUGA